CCCGCGAAGCGCGGUCACGCGGCCGAUUUUGCUGUCACGAGCUUUAGUCGAGCCACGGAGUGAAGGCUGGUGAAUUAGAACGGACAUCAAUUAUACGGACAUAUUAUUUACCAAAUUUUGAGCGUGAUAAGUCUUAUAGGUUACCUUUUCAAAUCACUGGUUGGUAGUCAGGACUCUUUCUAGAAUUAUUCUUGUCAACCGGUGAUGUAUUCCUGUGUUUGAAUUAUACUGCUAGUCAGCUAGCAAGCUAGCUGCUAAGCUAGCUUUACGGUGCGUGACUCGAAGUAACCUAACCCUAUAUUAUCGGACACUGUUUCAAUUAGCGCAUCUGACUGCAAUAGCUUUAGACACCGACACUUACUGGGUGCUUUAAACUUGAUGUACUUUAGCUGUAGGUGUAAUGCGCGGCGCUUCAAACCCUAGCUAGAUACAGAUUGAAUGAAAUAACGCUAGCCUACCAUAGCCAACGGAAACCAGUCACUUAACAGGGAUAACGAUAACUUAUCCUUGUGCUGGUGGAUCGGCCGCCUUCCAGCUAAUCCGGCAAAUGCUAUCAAAGCUAUUCACCUCCACAAAAAUAGUCAGUUUGGUAGGUAACAAAUCAUAAAGUUGUAGCGAACGGACCCGGACCUGCGAAUUAGCUAGCUCCCCCUAAACGUCAAGUUGGCCAUCUUCCACUCCUGUUCAGUGUGAAAAGCUGACCAGCGUCAGUUUUUUUUCCAACGGAUAAGGCCGAAGUGCGGACAGAAACCAGCAAACAUGCCGGCUGUGUCGAAGGGAGAUGGAAUGCGCGGACUAGCAGUGUUCAUUUCGGACAUUAGAAACUGCAAGUCCAAAGAAGCUGAGAUCAAAAGGAUUAAUAAAGAGUUGGCCAACAUUCGCUCCAAGUUUAAAGGGGACAAGGCUCUGGACGGCUACAGCAAAAAGAAGUAUGUCUGCAAACUGCUUUUCAUCUUCCUGCUCGGCCAUGACAUUGACUUUGGACACAUGGAGGCAGUCAACCUGCUGAGCUCCAACAAGUACACAGAAAAACAAAUUGGCUACCUGUUCAUCUCAGUUCUAGUAAACAGCAACAGCGAGCUGAUUCGUCUGAUCAACAACGCCAUCAAGAAUGAUCUGUCCAGCCGCAAUCCCACCUUCAUGUGUCUGGCACUUCACUGCAUUGCCAAUGUGGGAAGCCGUGAGAUGGCUGAGGCUUUCGCUAGUGAGAUUCCUCGAAUACUGGUUGCAGGUGACACGAUGGAUAGUGUUAAACAGUCAGCUGCCCUUUGUCUGCUACGGCUCUAUAAGACCUCACCUGACUUGGUACUGAUGGGUGAGUGGACUUCACGUGUGGUGCACCUGCUCAACGACCAACACAUGGGUGUGGUGACCGCAGCUAUCUCUCUAAUCACCUGUCUGAGCCAGAAGAAUCCAGAUGAGUUCAAGACCUGUGUGUCCCUGGCUGUUUCUCGACUCAGCAGGAUUGUGUCGUCUGCCUCCACUGACCUGCAGGAUUACACAUACUACUUUGUUCCUGCACCAUGGCUCUCCUGCAAACUCCUUCGCCUACUGCAGUGCUACCCUCCACCAGAAGAUGGUGCCGUCAAAGGCCGUCUGGUAGAGUGUCUGGAGACCAUUCUCAAUAAGGCCCAAGAGCCUCCAAAGUCAAAAAAGGUGCAGCACUCCAACGCCAAGAAUGCCAUCUUGUUUGAGGCGAUCUCACUCAUCAUCCACUAUGACAGUGAGCCAAAUCUACUGGUGCGCGCUUGUAACCAGCUGGGCCAGUUUUUGCAGCACAGAGAGACCAACUUGCGCUACCUGGCUCUGGAGAGCAUGUGUACCCUGGCCAGCUCUGAGUUUUCCCAUGAAGCUGUCAAGACACACAUAGAGACGGUCAUUAAUGCCCUCAAGACUGAGAGGGAUGUGAGUGUUCGACAGAGGGCGGCUGACCUGCUCUACGCCAUGUGUGAUCGAAGCAAUGCUAAGCAGAUUGUAGCCGAGAUGCUUAGCUACCUAGAGACAGCAGACUAUUCCAUCAGAGAGGAGAUGGUGCUGAAAGUGGCCAUACUUGCAGAGAAAUACGCUGUGGAUUACUCUUGGUACGUGGACACUAUUCUGAAUCUCAUCCGCAUUGCUGGUGACUACGUCAGCGAAGAGGUGUGGUACCGCGUCAUUCAGAUCGUCAUCAACAGAGAUGAUGUGCAGGGCUACGCUGCCAAGACGGUCUUUGAGGCUUUGCAGGCUCCUGCAUGUCAUGAGAACAUGGUGAAGGUUGGAGGGUAUAUUUUGGGAGAAUUUGGUAACUUAAUUGCCGGUGACCCUCGCUCCAGCCCCCUGGUCCAGUUCAACCUUCUCCACUCAAAGUUCCAUCUGUGCUCCGUGCCGACUCGUGCCCUGCUUCUAUCAGCCUACAUCAAGUUUAUCAACCUGUUCCCGGAGACUAAACCCACCAUCCAAGAGGUACUGCGCUGUGACAGCCAGAUACGCAAUUCAGACGUGGAACUGCAGCAGCGUGCCGUCGAGUAUCUGAAGCUGUCUUCCAUCGCUAGCACCGACGUUCUGGCCACAGUCUUAGAGGAGAUGCCCCCCUUCCCAGAGAGGGAGUCUUCAAUCUUGGCUAAGCUGAAGAAGAAGAAGGGGCCUGGUGCUGUGUCUGUGACGGAGCUGGAAGACAACAAACGGGAGGGUGGGGAGUUGAACGGAAGCAGCGAUCGGGGACCAGACAUAGCAGCAAUGGCUGCAUCUAACGCUUCCACCCCGUCACCAUCAGCAGAUCUACUUGGAAUUCGUUCAGCUGCUCCUGUUGGUGCUGCGCCAACUAGUGCUGGCAGCUUACUGGUGGAUGUGUUCUCUGAGGCCGGACCUGCUGCUCCUUCACUUGCCGUGAAUGACGAUGGCUUCCUAAGAGAUCUGGAACAGCCCACUGAGGCCUCUGAUGCCCUAUUGGUGGAGGGUUCUGGUGACUCUGACUCUGCUCCUCCCUCUGAGGAUCCUGCUGCUCCUCUGUCUGAGGCAGACGAACUUCUUAACAAGUUUGUGUGCAAGAACAACGGUGUGCUGUUUGAGAAUCAGCUGCUACAGAUUGGGAUUAAGUCAGAGUAUCGUCAGAAUCUGGGGAGAAUGUACUUGUUCUAUGGAAACAAGACAUCAGUGCAGUUUGCCAGCUUUAGUACCACAGUCACCUGUCCUGGGGAGCUGCAGUCUCAGCUUAACGUCCAGACCAAACCAGUGGAACCAAUUGUAGAAGGUGGAGCCCAGAUCCAGCAGGUCCUCAACAUCGAGUGUCUGACUGACUUCUCUGAUGCACCCUUGCUCAACAUAAAGUUUAGAUAUGGAGGAGCUCUGCAGAAUCUGACCCUUAAGCUGCCCGUCACCAUCAACAAGUUCUUCCAGCCAACUGAGAUGUUGUCGCAUGACUUCUUCCAGCGCUGGAAACAGCUCAGCCAGCCUCAGCAAGAAGCACAAAAGAUAUUCAAGGCAAAUCACAGCAUGGACACUGAAGUACUUAAGGCUAAGCUGCUGGGCCUGGGAAUGGCCCUACUGGACAAUGUGGAUCCAAACCCGGAGAACUAUGUGUGUGCUGGAGUGAUCCAGACCAAAGGCCAGCAGGUUGGCUGUCUCCUACGGCUGGAGCCUAAUGCCCAGGCACAGAUGUACCGUCUCACUUUGCGCUGCAGCAAGGACUCUGUGUCCCGGCGUCUCUGCGAACUGCUGGCUCAACAGUUCUAGAGCCUCAGCCUCUACUUUGACCAGCGAGCCCUCCUCCCACGCCGCUCCUCUUCUUCCUCUGCCUUCUCCCUCCGACAAAGAAUCUUUGAGUAAAAAAGGUGUAACCUACAUAAGGGAAAAAGCAGCUGCUGCCAGCAGCAGCAGCAGCAAUAUUAUUGUCAUUAUUCUUGUCCCCGAUUCUGAUUCCAGUUCAACUUCUACUUGUUUAUUAACAUGAUGCUUCUUGUUUUGUUGGUGUUUACCUGUGUAUUUGUGUGUGUGUGUGCGUGCGUGCGUGCAAGCAAGCGUUUGUGUGUGUGUGUGUGUGUGUGUGUGUAUGUCCCAUGGUUGUGCUGGGUUCUCAUUCUGAUCCACCCUGACUGAUUCUGAGCAGGUGUGUGUGGGUAAGAGAGAUUUCACUUGAAAUGGGAGAACAUUUCAACAUUCCCCUAAGUCGAACCGGAGAAGCUGCACAUUAUAUCCACACACUAGUGUUAAGCCACAUCUGGUGGUUCUCAUGAGAGCCAGUAGUGACGUGACACCUGAUGGUCCAUGAAGCAUUCCCAGUGCUAAUGCACUUAAGGUGUUGGAGCCUCCAGCACCUGAGCCCUAUUUCCCAGAGCCCUUUAGGUUUUAAUGGACUUAGCACACGCGUUUGUUAUUGAUGUGUAUGUAAAUAUGUGCCAGUGAAUUACUUUAUUACUUUGAGACAUUCCCAUCAUACCUGUUAAUGAAACUGGAGGGGGACGAAGGCACCGAAUGGACACUAUGCAGGUGAUGGAAGACAAGGCAAAGUGGGACCUGCACUCUUAGAUGUAUGUCAAACCACAAUUCUUUGUAAAUCUGAAAGGAGCAGAACUUGUUUUCCCCAAUAACGCCUCUAGAUCGAAACCACGUAAAGUUGAGGUGUGCGCUAUCUAGAGCAGCAGGAUUCAGUUUCCUAUUUAUUUGGGGCAUGUGUGAGGUUCCUCCCCUCCUUUUCAGAGCUGCUUCCUAAGCAGUUUGGAUGAGCGGCAGCCUGAACUGAGCUCGGCAUUAAGUUUAGAACAGCAUCACGUUCACGUUAAAACCGUUAUUCAGGUAUUUAAUACCUCCACCAACACGCGUAGACACUAGAUUUUUUUUCUAUUCCUGCUUAUCCAACCAAGCACACAGAGACAUGAUCAUGCCAAAAAAUCUAUUAUUACUCUGGCAAAUAUUCAGCAAGCUCACAUGUUUUGAUCAAGUCAUCAUGCACAGCUGUUUGACUGUUCGUCUAUACUGAUGAUAUGGGAGAGGACAGCAUGUAAGACACCCACGUUUCUAUGGCAACUUACAGGGGACUUGAUGAAUGCGAGUGUGACUGUAAGCAGGUAAUAAAAUAAUUAGAAUUAAGAAUAAAGACAUUUCUAAUACACAGUCAUAUUACAUGCUGUGGCUGCACAGCAAUCACAGGACAUUGAACUUUGUAGUGGAAUAUAUAGUCAUUUUGUGAGUGUGUGUGUGUGUGUGUGUGUGUGUGAGUUUGUAUGUGCCUGUCUAUGCAGUAUCCACUAGCUAAUGCAGCCUCAUGUAUCGGUGUUAAGAACCUGUCAAAUACCUGUGUUAGAAUUAAGAUUUACUCUGUAAUGAAAAAAAAUGUGAAAGUAAAACUAUGCCAUAUAUCCAA